AGAGACGACGAAAUACUAGUCUGCGAAAGGUUCCUCGGCUACAUGGGCGCUUGCGGAGAUAAGAUAACAAAUCCCGUACCUGCCGCUGGUUUUGCUAUCAGAAAGAUGCCUUUCUUGACGAUGACGAUCGAACCCAAACGACCUCGGACUGGAGAAUCGCAUUCCUGACCUUUGACCGCGUCGGCGAGCUCGUCGCUGAGUCUUUCUUCCUAUCCGGCCUGCUUCACUCCGUCUGCAUGGAUCCAUGUUCGAUGACGGUACCUGGCUCUCGCCGUCCGAUAUCUCUCGUGAUUCCUCUGCAGCAACGUUCCACCCUACCCCCCGCUCAGCCAGAAACUUCACGAGCCAAGACUCCAUCAUCUUCCCAGCCAUCAUCGAGUAUCCGGAGAAAGCCUCUCCGGACUUACAAGGCUAUCAGUGCGCAUGAACCUGUAGGGCUCCGUGUGGAAGGUACUGCGUCCGUCCGCUGCCUCUAUCAUUCACGCUGAACGAGAGCGCUCCGCUGUCCCAAGAUUCGCAGUACCCUAACGGGCGUGUGGAAUCGAACACCCCACAGACGCAGCUGUCGUCCAAGAAGCACAACAACGAGGGACCAUGUGCGUCCGGCAGCCGUCCAAACGGCCCUCCAUUGCCACUGUACCACCCCCAGGGCGGACUGGCCCUAUCGCUGCCAGAACUCGACCCUGCAGACUUUGGGCUCCAGAACCCAAUCAGCAUCGACGACCAUGACAUCCGCAUACACGACCACGACACGUCACGACGCGCCUCCUCGCGCGCGCGGCGGCCGCCUGCGAAGCUGCGCGACCGCGAUCCCGGCGAGGAAGACGAAGUGGCCGCGGCGAUGAACGAGCUCAUGAACGGCUCGUCCCCCACCGUGCACAAAGCGGUCGAGGUGCAGGCACGCGCAGCGAGCCCGCGGAAGCGCAGGGCGGCGGGCGGCGGCAAACGCAGGCGCAGAGAGAUUGACGACGCAGACGGCACGUACCCCAACCCGCCGAAGCGGUCGCGGAACCCGCGCGGCACGACUGCGAACGCGGUGGCGUCGCCGCUCGCGGGGCUUGCGACGGCUGCGGACGAGGUCGACAUGGACGCGGCCGCAGUGCCGGAGCUCCAGGACGCGGACGAGGCCCGCAGCGACGUUGCGGACGUCCAGGAGCAAAGGCCGUCCACGCGCUCGAGGCGCAGGCCGCCGGCACAGAAGCGCAGGGGCUCAAGCGCAAGCGAGACAACGGCAACCUCCGUGUCGGUGUCUAUUGCCCUCAACUCGCGAAGGCCACGUUCUGGGCCCUAUCUCUCCAAGCCCGAGGACGAGAAGGAUGCAGACGUGGACAUGGCCCCCGCUCAGCCGACAGAGGCGACAGAGCCUCCAGUACAGGCGCGGCCGUCCGCGCCACACAACGACAAGUCGGGAUCGGACACUUCGGAGAGGCCCAUGGAGCUGUCAACACCGCCUGAGACCGCGGAGGACGUGCCGAUGAACGUGGAAAAAGGCGCACAGAACGUCAGCGCACCAGACGAAACACCGACGACAUUUGUCAGCAGAACGACAGAUGGUGGGCAAAAUGGCGCGAUGGACGGUUCGAGUCCCAAGGGCGCCCCUCAGCUGCUGGCUGACGAGUCAAACGGCGCUCUCAUCAAGUCGCAUGGUGCCCCUUCCCAAGUCAAAGACGAUACAAUGGCAGGCACUGCCAUAGACCCUGCUGAGUCGAGUAAAAACGCGCGCGCUCCCACACACGCUCCAGCUGACUCGAAGCCUCCGCCCUCAUCGGUCAGUCCGCCAGAGACGGAGAAGCUACCUGAAGAGAACGAGCCACCGCAGCCUGCGUCUAGCCCCGCAGAAAAUCCUGGCGUCAGGCCCCCCGAGCCUGCUCACGAGGAUGAGAAAGAGGAGGGGGAGCUGAGCGAAGACGGCUGAUGAUACCCGUAUGCCUUGUUACCCCUCCGUGCCUUUUCACUCCUGGUUUAUCUCUCGUAUCGCGCUAUCUGUAUACGGCUUUCUUUGCUGAGUGUAUUGUAUUCUCUGGUUUGUAUUAUUGUUCCUUUUGUUCCUCGUCGUGUAUCUCUGUAGGGAAGCUAAUAUUGAUGUCUGAAUGGCGUGGCUCGCUCUCG